GAUUUAUCGUCCAAUCCAAUUGCGCGUCCCUUGGCAACCUUGUUUUCCUUGGAUGAAAAGUGUAAAUGUGUCACAGAAUGGGAUCUUAAUGAAAUUAAUUUUACCGACAUAUUUGCAUUUAAAGUUGCGAUAUUUGAACUGUCAGGAUGACUGACGUUAUGAACGGAAUCUUGGCAGAAGCUAAGAAGAACAAAUAUUCAACUAUUCGGGAAAAUUUAACUGAAGAUGAUGUUGCAGCUGUCUGGGAGAAUGUGUCGCGCUUCAUUGAGAAGCAAAUGUCUCAGCAAAAGGGGGUACAGAUACAGUCGCUGGGAACAUUCACAUUUUCUCAAAAGAAACUAGAUAUUGGGAACAACAAGUUUAUCCUUAUUCAACGCCCGGUGUUCAAUAUAUCUGAAAAACUAGCCCAGUCUCAGGGACUUCAGUAUGUAAAACAUCAUGUACCAGGCCAGAUUCCAGUGGUUCAGCUCAACUUUGCUGCCAUGUCUUUCGAGAGCCCAUAUGAUCGUGACACAGUGGAGAGCUGCGUGCGCGAAAUCCUUGGAGCUGUGCAGCGGGCGAUAGGCUCAAAACGAAAUGUUGAACUUACUUUUGGAGGCAUUGGGAAGCUUAUGAUUCGUGAUUCCCGAGUGAAAAUGAAAUUCUUUAAGGAGUUUAUUAAUCAAAUGGAUGGCUCUGGAAAACUCCUGGAUUCCAUGCAGAAUAGACCUGGAACAGUGGAUUCAGUGAUGUCUGAACGUCCUAUAACAAGAGCCCAUAGCUCCAACACAGUAGUUCUACCAAAAAACGGGAACAAGAAAGGGAUAUCCAACACGAGUGUUCACCAGCCAAAUGGUGGAUUACCUCCCCUGGAAGAGCAGGCCGAGGGCCCAGAAGGGGCCAUGGACUACAACUAUCCCAUGGGGAACCCCACCAUGGAGGAUGGCCAGGCUGCUCCCAAUUACUACAACCAUGUUAGCACCGAGGAAGGGAUGGAUGGUCCCGAUAACAAUGAUGUGGACACUGACGCUGCCAUUCGGCACAUUGAGAUGGGUGGGGAUGAACCGAUCCUUGGACAGGCUGGCCCAGUAGACACGCUCAAGUCACUUAAUAUGGACACGGAACCCAGGCCAGCUGUUUCCUAUCGUUUUCUUCCUGAGUUGGCAGACUUCCCAGGAUAUGCCAGCAAGCGCGCCUCAAUUCCCGCCAGUCGUGCAGGCUCCCGGAUGGCGGCCCCAAUCGCUAUGGCAACAGGAGUCAGUCUCCUUGACGACCUAGUGCCCUCCGCCCACACACCCAAGUCUGCCCCCAGUCAGGCCAGUCAGAGGCCCAGUCCACCACCCGCAGACAUUCUCCACAAACCCCAACCUCCGACCCAGUUAGCUCCCCUGCACCGAAGCAUGAGUUUCGACCAGAUGCGACCGGGUGACAGAGUGAUGUCCCCUCCGGGUACGGCGUGCGGCCAUUCCAAUGCGGGCCAAGAGCUCUGCUACCUUUGCCACCAAAGGGCGCGCCGGAACAUCCCUGUCUCGUUCGCAGAAGAACGUCGACAGCGCGAGGAGGAGGAGGAUCGUCUGCUGCAGCAGUAUCAGUAUAUGAAGGAUGCAGAGAAUGUCCUUCAAGAACAGGAGAUUAACAUGGCUAAGCGAAACAAUCUGCAGAAAAUGGCUGCCUUCAAUCUGGGAGUGUCCGAGGCAGUUCAUCAGAAAAAACGUGAACGCGACACAAGUUUCCAUAAGUCCUACAUAUUCCAACGACGACCCUUGACCCCUCCAAGGUUCAUCAAGCAGACGGAAUAUUCCGGAGACCUCGCUAAGCAGGUUGAGCACAAGGAGACUGUGAAAGCCAAGAGGCAGUCUGACGAGGAAUUCCUGGAGCGUCUAGAACAAGUACAGCUCGCCGAAGACCUGGCUAUUCAGCGUGAACAGUUCAUGAGGGAGAAGGCAGAGGAACAGGAGAAAUACAAGAAGGCUCUCGAAACACAGGUCCGUAUCCGAGUUAAGUUUAACGUGCUGGACGAUAUGAACCCGAGACCUGUGGGCAACCUCUCUGAGCCCUCUGAGAGUAGCAGCAACCUGCGCCUCCCCUAUCUCACCACCAUCCGACCCUUCUCUCAGCCCAACCCCGCUAGGCUCAACGAGGACUGGAAACCUUUUGUAGGACGGUUGCGGUUCAAGCCAUUACAAGUUCCCGCCCGAGAACCAGACAAGGAGAUGUUUGGCAAGAAUGACAUGACCAAUGAGAAGAUGGCUGAACGUAGACGUCGUGCGUACGACCUCUUCCAGGAACAACAGGACCUCGUGGCCCAGCGAAAGCGGGAAAUGAUCCUGAAACGCCUGGCUGAACAGAGAGAGGAGGAACAAGUGCUGGAAAAGACAAAAGAAGAGAUGAUGGAGGACCGCGCCAACAAGUUCCAGCGCCGCACCAACCUGCGCCAUCGCCUGGAGCAGGACUGGACGCGGGCCACCGUGCUGAAGCGGGAACGGCUGGAGGAGGACAAGCUGCGAGCACUGAGCCCUGGCAUGCUGCUUCACGAACAGUGUGAUAAAUAUAACCGCUGCGGCCAGUGCAAGCGGCAACUCAAGAAUUGCGGAGAGUCCAAUCUGUGGAGCGAGUCACGCUAUAUUCCGGGGUCAAGACUCAUGGUGUAAUUGUUGCGCAAUUGCUAGUGGACUUUUGACUUUUAUAAUUUCUUUGUUUUUUUUAUGUGAUCAGUAUUUUUUGAUGAUUUUUUUUUAGUUGCAUAAUACCUAAUGAAUAAAAUAUUCGGGUAUAAUCAAAUCAUCAAGUCGUUCAGUUUUUGCACCUAUUGCAGUUGCAUAAUAAUUGCUUAACUUGUAAUAAUUUACUGCAAAAUAGAACAAGUUAUAUAUAUUUUUAACAUCAUCAAUUAAUAACUUACCGGUAUCCCUCUCGUUUUGACUAUUAAGGAAAUUACAUCAUAAAAUUGCAUUUAUAUUGUCAAUAAAUACAUGUUGUUGAAUCCCAUAAUUUUGUCUCUGCAAAUGUUCCAAUCAAAUAUAGUGUGGCUGAGUCCAAAAUGACUCGUUCAACGCAACAUAUUUUUUAUAUUGUUUAACCUUGAUCAAUAAUGAUUCUAUGUAAGUAUCGGACAUAACAAAGUACUUAAAUGAAAAAAGUACAUUUUCUCAAUACUUCAUCCUUCUCAUUAUACUUUAAAUUAAUUAUCAAUAUUAAUAAUUGCUCACAUGGAUAUUUCAGAGUUAAUUUAAAAUUGCUUGACGCCUUGACAUUUUGUUCUUUUUAAUACUUACAUGAAUAUGGAAGUGUCCUUUAUUUAUAUGCGUAUAGUUGUAAUGCCUUAAAUGAAUAUUUUUUAUUACUACAAUGUGAUAUUUAUAUCAAAAUACUGUGAUAAAACUGACAUCUUUUAGAGUGGUUAUAAUGUUAUGCUUACAUGCAUUAAUAAAUAUUCAUAUUGAUGUAUAGUGGCCGAUUCUACAAGUGAUUAAAUGGACACACACAAAAAUCUGUCAGCGUUUUUAUUGUUUUAUGUUAUAAGGUGUGAAAUGAUCUUCUUACUUAAAAAAGUCUUAACAACUCAAGAGAAAUAUAUUAAAGUGUGGUUCAUAAAAACAAAUUUAUAUGUUUAUUUUUUUUCUCAAAAUUAUCAAGUUUUCUUGAUUAAUGGUCCAUUUUCAAUAUUAGUAAAUAAAUAAAACCCGUAGUUUCGCCUGUAGCUUAUUUUAGUCUAAAAUGUACUUGUAUAUUACCCCUUGCAGUAUUUUGUGUUGUCUGUGAUAUUAAUAUUGCAUUUGCUGUUGCCUAGGUACCAGUGUAUGUUGUUGUUUGCUUGAACUGCUUAGAUAUCAUGAACAGUUGUUUUGUGUUACAUAUGAUUAUGGUUAAUUGGAUUGAAUAAAAUUGUGUUGCUUUAUGAAUUAUGCAUGUUGUUUGCAGAAAAAUUAUGGUUUGCUUGAGGUACUGUGUAAACCAUAUUAAGCCACUAUAUAUUAUAUGUUGUUGUAACCCUUUUCCACUUAGAUACGUAUUUUGACGUGUUUGUAGUCACUUAGAAAGAUAAAUUUAUUUAAAGACCUUUCUUACUACAUUCAAGUUUUAAAGGCUUCAUUUCCAACCCUUAGAUACUAAAAAGCUGCAAACAGCAUAAAACCUGAACAGACUGCGACUUACUAGCAGGCUGUUCUGGUUUUAUGCUGGUUGCAAAUGCCAUUUUCACUUUGCUUCUUAUGGGGAAAGGGUUAAAGACUAACAUUCCAUGUAUGUGACUUUUUAAGAUAACAAAACAUGUAUGUAAAUUAAAAAAUAAAUUUUCACGGUUUUAUUGUGGACACAGUUCUUGGCAUUGUUUUUGCUUUAUUAUGAACGCAUUUGUUUUCCCUUUCACCUAACUGCCAUUCUCUGUUGCAUAACUCAAGAAUGAAAUGAAAUGUUAGAUUGUUGUUUAUUUUUAAAAGUUGUCUUUGUGUAAUUGUUUCAUUUAUGCUUUGUUACAGGGUUGCGUUUUAUAUUAAAGCACCAUUGAUUUUGUGCUAGGCAUAAAUAUAACUUAAAUUAUAUUUUGUUAAUUGAAUUGUAACUUCUACAUAUAUGGAUGAAUUGUAAUAAAACCCCUCAAUUCUGU